UCUAUGUCAAUCAACUAUCUCACGUUGGGAAAAUUAAGUACUUACGGAAAACUUCUCACAUACUUACUGGUUUCUGAAUUCAGUUGACCCUAUCCUUCCCAUAGAAUUUUGUAGAUUCGAACCGUUCACCAUCACCAUUUCUGAUGACGAACAUGAAAUUUGAAUUUUAUAUUUAGGCAAAACCGAUCGGCUUGAUUUAAAAAAUUUGGAUAACCGUUACUAGUCGCACGCACUCUCAUAAUCAAAUGGUUUCGCGAGUUUCAGUUGGCUUUGUAUGUGUGAUCUCGGUCGGAUUUUUCUGUGGCCCGUAGGAAUACUUGUUGGCUUGUAUGUAUUGUCAUUUCGAGUGAUGAGAUGCGGAGGAAGUGUGUGCACGGCUUGUGAGGAUAGUUCGGACAGCCCUUGCUCCGCUGGACCUAUACCGCAAACCGUGCCAAAAGCGUGCUACCAGGGGUACUGUGACGUGCGCAUUUAUUUGAAGGAUACCGGAGGCUACAGUACGUCAACGCUUAAAAGAUCCAAUCCGCUACCCGAUAAUCAGAUGCCUUUUCGUUCAGAUCUUAUCCGCGGAUGUCCGAACGUUGGCGAAAAAGUUCGCACUACAGAUAGGCCUCCCAAUGGCACAAUGGAUUGCUAUUUCAUCGGACUGCCCUACGAAUGUGUGUGCAGCUACGACGGCUGCAACAACAUGCUAUACAACCAAGUUAUGAAGUUGAAAAGAUUUCAUGAUAAUGACCAACAAGCUAUGACUUAUACUCAAUGGCGCAUGAACAAAGAGGACGUCGAUUACCUUAUAGCGCUUCCGGACGGUCCGGUUCCUCCUAGUCUGCCAUCAAGGACCGAAUCGACACCUGCGCUCACUUUUCCUCCCGAAACAUACCCAGGAGCAACUGAAAAGGAAGGAGGAGCGGCCGCACAGGGCAGAGCGGUGAACGCCACAACGACCCCUAUCCCUGCACAGAAAGAAACGGGAGGAUUGUCUACAACGACAAUUGCAAUUAUUGUUGGAUUGGUUCUGGUAAUUGCGCUGAUUAUCCUAUUUAUGGUCUGGCGGAUGACACGUAAUAAAAAGAAAAAGAAGAGAAAGUCGGAUGACGAGGAUGAAGAAGAUGAAGAUAUUGCAUGAAAGAUUCUUUCCAAGAGGCUGAUGCAAAAAAUGUAAACUGUUUUUUUUUAAUUUUUAGGUUGAAUAUUUUCGGUAAUGUACUUGGUAAUCUUUGUGUUUAAAAUGUGUCUCUUCAAACACUACGAUAUUUGCGGUCGUACAUGAGAUAGAAUUUCGCUUUUUUGAUAGCUUUGGUGCAGGUUAAUUUUCCUUGAUGCACAGUAGUUCGUAAUUUAUGUCGUAAUAUAAUACACGAGUAAAUGUUGUGGACUGUGAAGCGU